AUGCCUGCUCUGACGACUGGAGUGGGCCACGAGCCAGGGCUCUAUGAGUUGCUAGCAGCAUUGCCUUCGAAAUUGAAGCCCCAUGCCAGUCACCCUGAGGAGACCACCUUCCUCCAGGGCAUGUUUGGGGAGAAAAGACUUCAUUCACUGUUCUUGAUUCAUGAUGAACUGCAGCAAUAUGAAGAGCGCAAACCCACUCCUGUUUUGAACAAUGCUGCAAGUCUGUGUAGUCAAUUGACUGAUGAGCUUCAAAGAAAAUCAGUUAAUGCAGAAAUAAAUGAGCUUCUAAAGCUACUGGCCAAACCCCACUUGAAGAGUCUUUUAUCAGUCCAUGAUAUGGUGGCACAAAAAAACUAUGACCCUAAACUACCUCCAAUGCCUGAAGACAUCAAUGAUGAUGAGGAUUCUGUAAAGAUCAUAAGACUAGUUAAAAACAAGGAACCACUGGGAGCAACGAUAAAGCAAGAUGAUCUCACGGGAGCCAUCCUCGUGGCCAGAAUCAUGAAAGGAGGGGCUGCAGACAGAAGUGGCCUUAUUCAUGUCGGGGAUGAGCUGAAGGAGGUCAAUGGAAUCCCAGUGGAUGACAAGAAACCAGAGGAAAUUAUACGUAUUCUGGCCCAGUCACAAGGUGCCAUUACUUUCAAAAUUGUUCCCGGGGUCAAGGAAGAUGUAAUAACCAAGGAGCCAAAGAUGUUUGUGAAGGCACUCUUUGAUUAUGACCCAAGAGACGACAAAACCAUCCCAUGUAAGGAGGCUGGACUGGCCUUCAAAAAGGGCUCCAUUCUUCAGAUCAUGAGUCAAGAUGAUGCAACCUGGUGGCAAGCGAAACACGAAGGGGACGUGAACCCCCGCGCUGGUUUAAUCCCGUCCAAACAGUUUCAAGAAAGGAGACUUGCGUUGCGAAGUUCUUCUGCAAUUCUCCCAAUCCAGAGGUCUUCGAUUCGGCGAUCCUUUGGGUUCAGAAGAAGCUUCCGUCUCAGCAGGAAAGACAAGAAGACCAACAAGUCCAUGUACGAGUGUAAGAAAAGUGAAAUUUAUGACACAGCGGACGUACCCACAUAUGAAGAGGUCGCUAAAUACCAGAGGCCAAAUAAAGCUAAACACCGGCUAGUGGUCCUAGUUGGACCGCCUGGAGUUGGCUUGAAUGAGCUGAAGAGGAAACUUUUGAUUUCCGAUCCACAGCACUUUAGUGUGACCAUUCCACAUACAAGUCGACCCAAGAAGAACCUCGAGAAUGAUGGUGUGGAAUACCAUUUCAUCUCAAAACAUCUCUUCGAGACUGACAUUCACAACAAUAAGUUCAUUGAGUUUGGUGAGUACAAAGGGAAUUACUAUGGGACAAGUUUGGACUCCAUACGUUCGGUCCUGUCCAGGAACAAAGUGUGCCUAUUAGAUGUUCAGCCUCAUACAUUAAAGCACUUGCGGACUGCAGAGUUCAAACCAUUUGUAGUUUUUGUGAAGCCUCCUACAAUUGAGAGGCUGAGGGAAACAAGGAUAAAUGCAAAACUAAUUUCGGGCAAGGAUGACAAGGGAUCCGCUAAGCCAUUCACAGAGGACGACUUUCAAGAGAUGUUGGCAACUGCCCAGACAAUGGAGACUCAGUAUGGACAUCUAUUUGAGAAGAUCAUAGUAAACGAUAACCUUUCGGAGGCCUUUGGCGAACUGCGUGUGACACUAAAGAAAGUGGAGAUGGACACACAGUGGGUUCCAGUGAGCUGGACUCACUCGUGA